GUUUGGGAAAGUUGGUGAUACAUUGGAUCUGCGUAAUGGGCGACCAUUCACUAUAUAAAUAUUCAAAGCGAAAUAUCGCGGAAAAAACAAUUACUUUUCUUCGUAGUACUGGCGUCCACAUAAGGCAACAACUCGUUGGAUGGAACAGGAAGAGGAAAACUCUUCGCUGUGAUUGGCUGUUACAGUGUUAGCCUCGUGAGCCCAAACACUCGGGCGAGUUAAAAGUUAAGCAUGAUACAGUUUGAUAACUCUACCGACCUGGACUCUUUUAUUAAAGGACUGGAGGAUGAGUCACAGGCCAAGUUCAUCACUUUUUCUGUAGACCGCCAUUACAAUGACAAAGGUUGGCAUCCUUCACCCGUCAACCGCGUCUACUGGCAGUGGGCUGGUGGUUCUGGGAUGCCGGCCAUUGAAUUCACCGGGGUCCCGUUUAUGUUUGCGGGGUCCAAGAGGCUCGUCUGCCAUCAAGGAAAAGACCUCGCCGUAGCUCAGAAGCAGAGAUAUGCAGAGGAAAAGGCGAAAAAGACGAUGAUGGACCACACUUCGGUUCGGCACAAAUCAAACUGGCAGUCCACAAAAAAAGUGGGAUGCCCAGCAGCCAUAUCAAUCAGCAAGAUCGCAACAUUCCCUAAAUUCAAGGUGGAAGAAAAUAGGGUAAGAAGUAAGAAGACAGCCUCCAAGAUGCUGAGAGAGGCCUUGGAGAGAGAUCCAGUUGUAUGGGGAACAUGCUAUGUUGUCACACAGCCAAGUGCGCAUGCUGGGCACGCAAAGGGAGAAAUGGAGCCUGUGGACGCGAGAGUGGAGCAGCAAGUGGCAGAGCUCACAAAGCAGGGUAUAAGGAAGGUCCGUGAGGUGAAGCGUCAUCUUGCUCAAUUUGUAACAGCCGAGCUUUUUAAGGGAACCAGCCCACCUCCUCCCUCCAGACGCAGAUACUACCCCUCGGAGAAGGAUCUCCGAAAUAUAAUGGCAAAGGUCAAGGACCAGACUCGGCACAGAAUUGAUCAGGUGAACCUGGAGGCCUCGUUUGCAGACUGGAGUUCUGUGGCACCAGAGAACAAGUUCCACCUGCGCCUCCGUACAGAGGAGGCCUCCUUUCUCUUCUGCCAUCAAACUCUGUGGCAGAUGAGGCUGCUACGUCUGUACGGGGGAGACGUCUGUGUGUUCGAUGCCGCCUACCGAGCAAUCCGCUACACUCUGCCCCUGUGUUUCUUGUGCGUCCGCACCAACGUGUGCUAUGCGAUCGUGGGAGUGAUGGUAUUGCAAGAAGAAACGACAGAUGCCAUCAGAGAGGGUCUGGACGUGUUCAAGUGCUGGAACACAGACUGGAGGCCAGCUCGCUUCAUGGUUGAUUGCAACACUGAUGAAAUCAAGGCUGUUGAGUCUGUGUUUGAAGGCACCAAAGCAGUGAUCAGUGACUUUCAUAGAGAGGAGGCAUGGGGCGAAUGGAUAAGAAAGAAGGACCAUCAAGUGCCAGACAAAGAAGAUGCUCUUGCAAAGAUGAAAGCAAUUGCCAGUGCAGCUACCAGAGAGCAGUAUGAGGAGGCAGUGAAAGCCCUGAUGGACAGCCCCAGCUGGGAAGAAAACCCUGCGUUUCAGAGCUGGUUUUCAGACACGUGGCUGUCCAAAGCAAAGAGAUGGGUCACUGCCUUCAAAGAAGAGACACUGAGUCUAACCAUCACCACAAACGAUGAUGCUGAACAUCAGCAUCAACUGUUCAAGCACAAGUACCUAGAGGACUACAGGGACCGUGCACUGCCAGAAAUGCUGGACAUUGUGAUGCACACGUACAUCCCAGAACUGCGGAGGAUGUACAUUGAAGGUAAUGUGAGGUCAUACAGACGGUGCAACUCCAGCGUCCCUCCCUUCCUGUGGGACAGACCCACUGACCUCGUGCAACACAUUAUGAGCUGCAUGGACAGCUCUCUCUCUGAGGGACAUGUGGUCCAGCUGAGUGACGGCAUUUUCAGAGUGAAGAGCGAGACGUGGGAGGACAGGUCGUACGAACUGGCGUUUGGGACGGACGACAGCUUGCCAUCCUGCCAGUGUGACGACUGGAGGCGCUACAAGCUGCCAUGCAAACAUUUCUGUGCUGUCUUCAAGACUGUCCCUGGGUGGACAUGGCAGCAGUUAUCCCUGAAAUACAGGGAACAUCCGCUUCUUAACCUGGAUGCCACGUGUUGCUCCAUGACCCCGGACUCAGUGGAUGAGUGGGGCACAGAGGUGGUCAGUGAGCCGGUAACUUGCAAGGAGACGCAGGUGACCUCUGACUGCGAUAGUCUGCCACGCAAGCGUGCGAGGAAAUCAUAUCUGAGGAAGAAAUGUGUCAACCUCACCAAACAAAUCACGGACAGAAUAUCUGCCACUGAAGACCAAGACACACUCGAGAAACUUUCUGAAACAUUAAGCACUCUGGUGAAGGAGCUCACACCUGUGUGUGCCAGCGAGGAUGGGACGCUUCAUCUGGAAGCAAAGCGGGUCAGAGUUUCCAGGUCCACAGGCUCUGAUGGUGCUCAUGCAGAAAAGAGGCAGGAAGCCGAUGAAGUGGCUGGCCUGUAAAUCCACCGGCUGUCAUCAGCACCCUUCCUCCAUUAAGGACACACUCACAAACACAAUUUGUACAGUU